GUAGCUCUUCGGCUCAGCUAAGUUCAAUGUUCAACCUCACCAGUGCUUCACCUAAAACUUUGGUACCGUUGUACACGCUGGACAUAAGUAAAAAGAAGCGUUGAAAAACAUUGCAGGCUAUUUACCUGGCCAAUGACAAGUCGAGUAGAGACCCAACCACCAGGAACGGUGGGUUUUCUUGGGGGUUUCUGGAUUUUUAUUAACGUUUUAACUCCGGUGCAUGUGCUCCACCAAGACGAUUUUACAGCUAAGGAAAGCACCCUAAGGAAAAGCACCCCGCGCAAUUUGUGAACUGAACUUCAUUUCUUCAAUGUUCAAUGCUCCUCCAGUAAAAGAGAACGGAAUCAUAUCAUUCCUAUCGGUAUCGCUCAUGCUCACCUAAGAUAUACCAAAAACCCUCCCUUGUACGAGCCUCAUCUUUGACAGCUUACAUACAUCCUAAAGCCAACUUUUACUUCUCUAUAAGUGCAGACCAUACGCUAUAAGUAUUCAAGUUGUAUCUUAUUAGUCACUCCGUUUCGUACCGUACCUAUAUAUAUCAUAUUUAUAUAUAUAUAUAUAUAUAUAUAUAGGAAAAAGGAAAAACAAAAAGAGGGAAGGAAGAAGAGAAUUAAAAGAAAGAAAAGGAAAGAAAAUCCUUGGUUCCAUUCCAUCAUGGCCGCCGAUGAAAGCCCCGCACAUCAGAACUCAGGUCGACCUCAGUUGUCAUCCAUGAGAACUAGUUCCUAUCUAAAAGAGCAUCAGCAGUAUCGUCCCCCUAAGCAUCUGGACAGCCACUUCGGCAUAGAUACUGUUGUCGAAGACCUCCAAAGCUCUAGAAUAUCCCCUCCCAAGUCUUUCAGCCCUUUUAAUGGCGUACCAUCCAAAGACGAACCACCGCGCAUUCUUGAAGGCGCUAGUCACGACUUCUCCCAUCCCAACUGCGCUCCCACUCGAGGCACCAAAUCAGAUAAGCUUGUAGCUACCCUGGUCUACAAGUCUGCGUCCCCUCGCAAUCGUAAUGCUAACCCCUCCCCACGAAUCGCUCCAUCCUCCUCCGACAUUCCUGCCAACCUCGCCCCGACUACCAAUAUCGACUCCUUUCCUUUGGAGCCACCCACUCCGUCCGAGCCCGAAUCCUUGGACCAUCUGUAUGGUUCAUACAUCUCUCCACUAUGUCUCACAUCCUUCCUUCAUCUCAUGUCCACCUUUCCCCUGCCGCGAGGUGUUGAGGAGACCACUUCGUCCCAUCGCUGCCUAGAUGAUCCGGAGCAUCCGCUGGUUGUCGAGUUGACUUUAUCUCCGGCGCCUUCGCCUAGCUAUCUCUCGCUGGCCGAUCUCCGGAAGCAUGAGUUGAUCUACCGAUUUGAACGUGAAUGGAACGUUGACGUUGCGCUGCAGCGCGAUACCAUUUGGCGGCGCUACCCGCGCCUGGUCGUCUUCGACAUGGACAGCACUUUAAUCACACAAGAGGUGAUCGACCUACUCGCGGCGACAAUCAAGGACCCGCCUGAUCUGGCUGCCAAGGUUGCAAAUAUUACCCAUCGAGCUAUGCUGGGGGAGCUCGAAUUUGAUUCCGCCUUCCGGGAGAGAGUUGCUCUGCUCAAGGGGCUUCCGGCCACCAUCUUUGAGCAGUUGCGACCGGUGUUGGACAUCACGAAGGGGGUUCCAGAGGUCCUGAAGGCUUUCAAGAGGUUGGGUGUUAAGACGGCUGUGUUGUCUGGGGGCUUUAUGCCACUGACCAGUUGGCUGGCUGGUGAGCUAGGCAUCGACUAUGCAUAUGCGAACGAGGUCGUCAUAGAUGACUCGGGGCGUCUGACAGGUGAAGUGAAGGGUCGCAUCGUCGGCAAGGAGCGAAAACAAGAACUACUUCUGGAAAUUGCUAAGAAAGAAGGAAUCGCUCUUGAACAAGUCGUGGCGGUAGGCGAUGGUGCCAACGACCUCCUGAUGCUUGACACGGCAGGCUUGGGUGUGGCCUGGAACGCCAAACCGAGGGUGCAGUUGGAAGCUGGUGCGCGACUGAAUGGCAAGAGUUUAGUCGACCUGUUAUAUCUAUUCGGACUCACUAGUGAGGAGGUGGAUAUGCUGACAGCAUAGAUCUGAUCGGCUACAUAGGGGGGAUAUGACGAGAAGAACUUUCCGUCCUGGAGAUUUCUUACCGGUUGCUUUCAUAUGCGCCAAGCUAUCGUUUGGGACGGUGAUACAGAUGCAUUUCUAUCACGUUUCUUGCCCCUUUCUGAAAACUAUCAUUGAUAUGCUAGUGACUAUAC